AUGCAAUUCCCGGCUUUCUGCUGUGGGGCCUCGCUGCUGCUCCUCCUGCCCUGGGCAGGUUCGCAGCCGGUCGGCGGCCAGCACAGUGCCGAGUUGCGGUCCCUGCAGGACCUCCUGGAGGCGCUGGAGCAGCUCCGGGAGGAGGAAGGGGAACUGGGCCUGGAAGAGCAGCCGGUGGCCGCGGCUGAGGACAGCAGCUCCGAGUGGGAGCUGCCGGAGCUGGAGAGCGGCUCGCUGGGUACCCCGCUGCUGGCGCCCAGCCCUGCCCAGCCGGCGGAGGGGCAGAGCCUGUGGAGGGGUCUCCUGCUCUCCUCCUACAGACGGAGGCACUUCUCUGGCUGCUUUGGGACCAGGAUGGAGAGGAUCGGCGCGCAGACAGGGCUGGGAUGCAACCAGUACAAAGCCCGUUUCUGGAAGAGAAGGCGAAGCUGA